AUGGCGAACCGUAGUGGGCCUGCUAGACGCGUUCCUGAAACAGAACCUACAAUAACUUACGUUCAAUGCGAUGGAUUGGCGGUAAUGAAAAUAGUGAAACACUGCCAUGAGGAAUCAUGCAGCAACAUGGAAGUGGCUCAAGGAGCCUUGCUUGGAUUGGUUGUGGAGAACCGCCUGGAGAUCACCAACUGCUUCCCAUUCCCGAAGCAUGAUGAUACCAUGGAUGAGGAGGAGUACCAGCUUGACAUGAUGAGGAGACUCCGCCGUGUCAAUGUUGAUCAUUUUCAUGUUGGAUGGUACCAGAGCGCAGAUGUCGGUAACUUCCUGAGCCAGUCGCUUUUGGAGUCGCAGUAUCACUACCAGACUUCCAUUGAGGAGAGUGUGGUGGUAAUCUAUGACACCAAGAAGUCUGCUCGCGGCUUCCUGACACUCAAGGCUUACCGCUUGACUCCUCAGGCCAUCGCCAUGUACAAAGAGGGCGACUAUACACCCGAAGCCCUGCGUAACUUGAAGAUUGGCUACGAGAGCCUGUUCAUUGAGGUGCCCAUCGUGAUUCGCAACUCUCCGCUCACCAAUAUCAUGAUGUCUGAGCUGUCGGAGAUGAUCCCUGAGGAGGAAGGAUCCAAGUUCCUGGAUUUGGGAACCGCUUCAGUAUUGGAAGGACAACUCCGUAGCCUAAUGGAACGCGUCGACGAACUCAACCAGGAAGCUAUCAAGUUCAACCGCUACCAACAACUGGUGGUGCGUCAACAACAAGACAAGCACCGCUGGUUGGCCAAGAGGACACAAGAGAACUUAGCUAGGGCCGCUAAGGACGAACCUCCACUACCUGAAGAAGAUGUCAACAAACUCUUCAAGCCCCACCCAGUACCGCCUAGGCUUAACCCCAUGAUCGUAGCUGGUCAGAUCAACACCUACAGCCAACAUAUAAGCCAGUUCUGCUCACAAAGUCUUGCUAAAUUGUACCUGACGCAAGCGCUCCAAAACGCUAAGGAAUCCAAGCAGAACAACUAA